AUGCCGUCUCCCCAGGACUUCAAGUCCCUCCAGGAAAAAGUUCAGGCUGCGCUCGUGACCACAGUCAAGUCGGUCAACCGUGUCUCCGCCGAGGACCUCCCCUUCCAGCGCGCCGUGAACCCCAACGUCGGCGACGAUCUCGAUGCCAAAACCACCCGGAUCCUCGAGCUCUCGACCACCCUCCUCAAGUCAGCUGCGGAGGUCUGCGGACUCAACGCUCCCAACCUCGAAGAUGCCGACGACAUUGAUAUGCGCUGGCGGAGCAUUGUGGACGUCGUCGACUCAGUCUUGGAGAAAGCCGACACGUCCAUCGACGAGUACACCGGAGCUUUGAAGAGGAAGGAUGCGCCGGCUGCCGAUGCUACACCUCAAGCUAAGAAGCCUAAGACGGCCGGAAGUGUCGUCCGCAGUGCAAACAUCACUAAACCCCAACUCAACUUCGACCAACCGGUCGACAACAACGCUCAAUGGAAGCCACUCAUUACCAAGAAGCCUCACGCUACAGUUCCUCUUGAGCAGAGCCUAAUAACUAGCGAAACAGAAGAGGGCUUUGUUCAGUACGACAACCACACUUUCUUACCGUUAAUAUUUCCCAGAGUGCCCGAGUCCAGCAAGGCUGCAUACAAGGAGCGCAUGAAGAUGAAGAGGUUGUUAUCUCUUGAGAAUACUGACAGAAGAGCCAGAUACAAGCAUCCCUACGAAAUCGAGAUCCUCGAGGCAAAAUACCCCGACCGCGUCUACGAACAAGCCGAGCCGAUCCCGUGGCAGCCUGUCGAAGGCACGGAGGCCAUCUACGUCGAUACAUAUGAGGGUGUCCUGGAGAUGCUGGAGGACCUCAAGAAGGCAAAGGAAAUUGCCGUUGACCUGGAACAUCACGACUUUAGGACAUACGUCGGACUCACAUCAUUAAUGCAAAUUAGCACAAGAGAACAGGACUGGAUUGUCGACACCCUGAAGCCCUGGAGACGGCAGCUUCAGGUACUCAACGAAGUCUUUGCAGACCCCAGUAUUGUAAAGGUCUUCCAUGGCCCAUUCAUGGAUAUGGUGUGGCUGCAGCGCGAUCUUGGUCUGUAUGUCAACGGUCUUUUCGACACGGGCAGCGCAUGCGAAGCGCUCCACUACCCCCAAAAGAGCUUGGCUUUUCUAUUGAAAAAGUUUGUCAAUUUCGAUGCCGACAAGAAGUACCAAUUGGCCGAUUGGAGAGUGCGCCCUCUCUCGGAAGAGAUGUUGUACUAUGCCCGUUCUGAUACCCACUUUCUGCUUUAUAUCUACGAUAAGAUGCGAAACGAGCUUGUGAUGAAGUCGGAUAGGGGCAACCCUAGCACCGACUACAUCGAGAUGACGCUUCAGAAGUCCAAAACCCUCUCAUUGAGUCGGUAUGGCUGUGAGACGUUCGACCCCAAGUCUGGCAAGGGUAGCAAGGGCUGGUACAAUACCCUCCUCAAGCACCCCAUGCCCUUCUCGGGUCAGCAAUUCGCCGUGUACAGAGCCAUUUGGGCAUGGAGAGACGAGGUGGCACGGAAAGAAGACGAGAGUACCCCCUUUGUCAUGCCCAACGGUAUCAUUGGUGACAUUGCAAAACACAUGCCACCCGACGCCAAGGCGCUACAUGCCCUCAUACCAAAUCACGCCUUCAUCGCACGGAAAAACGUCACCGAGAUAUGGAAGCGCUAUCAAGAAGCAAGAGAACGGGGCAUCGACGAACCACGUCUGCUAGACUUUUUCAAGACAGAGCUUCCAAGAGUCGCGGCCAGGCCUUUGGCGGAGGUUGCGAGCGAGGAUGCGGUCGGGGGGGCAUUGGAACCUGUUCUCUUGUCGGAGUCUCAGCUGUUCGGCCGCAUGGCUUUGAGUUCGGCCUGGGAACAGCCGGCCUCUGCGGCUAACGGUCUUGGGGAGUAUGUGAUGCUUCCAUGGCAGAAGUUCGUGCAGGAUGCGAAGACGGUCGAGGCCGAUCCCAAGGAAGACGUGGCUAUGGAGGGAGGCGUAGAAGCUGAGGCCAAGGCCGCUGCCGCCGCCGCUCGACCCGUGGAGACUGAGGUGGAGGAGGAAUUCACCCUCAAGGCUGGCACGAAACGGAAAGCUCCUACAGGGGACGCUUCCGAUGCUAGCGAGAACGAGUCAGAGUCGGGCGAGAGUUCCAUCGACAUCGUCCUGGAGCGGCCAGAGUCUGAGAGAAAGUCCAAGAAGAACGGCAAGACGGGGUCCGGCGAGCGCGAGGCAAAGGUGGCUGCUAAGAGGGCCGACAAGGUCGCGCGCUAUACGGAGGAUUACGACAAGGCCGCGGCCGAAGUACAACGUCUCGAGGAGGAAGUCGCCAAGAACAAUGCCGAUCCUGCAGAACUGGAGGAGGCGAAGGAGGCAGCCGCCGAAAAACAAAGCAAACUGCAAGGGUACCUGACAGCAAUCAACAACCGUAAGUCAAAGACGGAGAAGAAGGCAGCGAAGAAGGCAGAAAAGGCCAAAAAGGAAGCGGAGAAGAAGGCAAAUAAGGAGCAGAAGCGUGCCGCGAAGAAGGCCAAGAAGGACGCCAAGAAAGCCGAGCAACAGGAGUCCGGCGGAGCGGACUCGAGCGACAGCGAGGGGGAGGAGGAAGAGAAGACGUUUGACUAUAGCAAUGCCACGUCGGUGCUCCACGCGAACCGGACGGGCAACCGCGGCAAGACGCACGUCAAGCCGACGUUCGACCCGUACGCCAAGACGGGUGACGAGCCUCUCAAGGGCGCGAGAAAGGCGCCGCCUCCUAGAGGUGAGAGGAGCGCUACGUUUAGGAAGUAA